AUGGCCGACGGUGGCUGGCUCUACUCGGAUGGUGGUCGUCAACGCUUCAAUGCGACAACCCUCAAACAGUACGAUUAUGUCAUCUACCCGAACAAUACUAUCUCGAACUAUUCCAGCUGUGUUCUCGCCUUUGGGGGUUAUAUUCCCACGGUAAUCGGUAAUGGGUCCUGGUACAAUUCAACUGGAUGUGACACACCAGUGCGGCCAAUCCGCACGCGAGGCAUUGUAGGAAUAGUAGCUGCCAUCAUUUUUGGAGUUUUGCUUGUCCUCUCCUUGGUCGCCUUGAACAAACAUGGAAAGUCUUUCCUCCCUGCGGAAAAGCGAUUUCGUCUGGUUGGGCGGAGAUGGCCCUGGUACUGGUGCAUCAUCACGGCCAGUGUCGGUAUGAUCAGUGGUUUUACGGCUGUGGAUGUGGACAGGGUUUGGGUUUUAGGAACCGCUGCGAUCUUCCACUUUAUAUUUUAUCUCGUUACCCUGCCUGCUUGUCUAUCUGCGAUCUGGGAGAUGACCCGUAAUUGGGCGUCUUUUGAAGAACGAAAAGGUGUGGAUGAGGACUUCGCCAGGUACAGACAAGAUGACCUGAGAUCCAAAAUCGAAUUUUACGAGCCUCUUCUUUUCUAUCUCUUCAAUUUCCUGAGCUUCUUUUUAUCGAUAUUGAGAGCCUGGAACCCUAUUGCCCGAUCGAAUGUCAACGUUAUAACAGAUGGACGGUUCCAAGCCUCUUCGAUAUUCUCACUCCUUGCGUGGAUAACCACUGUUGUAGCCCAUUUGAUUGCUCGACACUAUUAUAAAACCCGGAAAGCUCCCUGGAAAAUUACGAUUUCCCUUUUGAUAAUUCUUAUACGUAUCGCCUUCAACAUCGGAAGCUCUUUCAACUAUUCGAUUAGUCAACUUAGAUACCAAGCAACACCGGCAUAUAUAUACUGUCUUGGUUAUCUACCCGUGAUUCUGGCCAUCUCGGUCAUCUUGUAUUCCGGUUGGAAAGAGCCAAACGAGGAUCAGGAAUUGCUGCGCCUGAGGAAUAUUCGGAUUGCGACCCUAGACCAAGAGAUGUCAACCAUGCCGGACAGAAAGUCUACAGGGAAACAUGGGACUGAAAGAAAAUCCCAUGCAAAUCAAUCAAGGAGGACGAACAGGCCACCCACACAUGAUUAUUGGGGCGAUAAUCGGGAAAACCUUGUGUAA